AUGUUCAAGGCAUCAUGUAUUCUGGGAAUCUCUAAAGCUUUGGGAACUUUGGGACAGAACAGUUUCAUGUGUCAGACCAUCACACCAGUAUAUAUCCAGAUUAACACCCCUGUCACAUUGACCUGUCCGGCUGAUGACCAGGCAACAAACCUCAAUUGGACGGGACCUGGAGAUACCCUGUAUGUCACAGGAACUACAGCUGAAGCUGUUGUUGAUGAGCAGGGUAAACCACGGAUAUCUGCGAGUCACAUAGGGGGGAGUUAUAGACUCACAUUUACAGAGUUCCAGUCGCGUGACAUCGGGAUAUAUAGAUGUAUGGUUGACGGGACAGUGGCUCUACAGAUGGUCAUUGUACAAGGUGUGACAUCAGCCAGUCCAGUAUACACCAGACAGGGAGGAAAUGUAACAUUACAAUGUCCCGAUACAGGUGGUAGUACAUCGUGGUCUGUCACUUCUAUUGGAUUUAUUUACGCUAGCGGAACAGAAAUCAACCCGGACACAGCAGACUCAAUAAAGACGAGACUUGCUGUUACCAACAAGAGUGGAAUCUACAGCCUACAGAUCAGUAAUGUACAACUGUCAGAUGUCAGGGAAUACAAAUGUAGCAUUGGAUUAUCAGACACAUUCUAUCAUCUACUACUGUACAUUCCUCCAGAUUUUCCAAAGAUAGAAAACACAGUCAGUGUUGAGGGCCAGAACAGAACAGUAGGAAUGGAGGAUGGAAGUAUGACCUUGACAUGUAAUGCAUUUGGUGGUACUCCAGCGUCUAAUGUGUCGUGGAUUAAAGAUGGCGUCAUCCUAGUGACAUCAGCCAAUGCAGUACAGUACAGAAAGGUUUUCACUCGAUCUGAUGACAGAAAUGUCUACAUAUGUCAGUCUAGAAGUCCAGCCCUGACCAGUCCUCAGACUACAAGUGUGUUGAUAUACCUAGAUU